CUGCUUUCUAAUUCAGUUGGUUGGCAUUCCUCAACACAACGUCAAAUGGAGUGGUGAUCACGCAGUGCGCGCAGGAAUAGGGCACCACACCGCAAUAUGCCUACGGAUACCAAAAAUGUCGAGAGAGCAAAGUUUCAGCAGUCAUCAGGCAUGCCAGGACAGGAGGCCCCUCCUUUUCUCUCGCACACGCUGUUUCCUUUGCUUAUCAUGCUGCUCGUACCAAACGUCGUCGUGUGCACCGUCUCCUUCGUAGUUUCUCACAGCUCGUCCACGGCCAAGGCCCUCGAUUUCGGGCUCAUGAAGUUCUGGCUCGGAUCGUGGAUAAGCCAGGGCGUUGCAACUCUGGAAACGUGGGCGUUUAUUGUCGCAUUUACUGCUUACAGUGGUCUCUCUCUAGUACUGAUCCCUGGUAGUACUUAUCACGGCCCACCAACGUCGUCGGGGCACAGGCCUGUGUACCGGAAGAGUGGCUUCACCUAUUAUGUCAUCACCAUGAGUAUAGCCGCUUACGUUCUGAUAGUUGCCGACGCUCCUUGCCAGGCCGCGUACAGGUGUAUGCCCGGAUUGGCCGCUGCUCUAGCACUGUUCGCCUUCGCGAUUCCGCUGCUUCUGUACGUGAAGGGGAGAGUGUGUCCCUCGCCAGGAGAGCACGGCACAACGGGAAGUGUAGUAUUCGACUUCUACUGGGGCCUGGAGCUCUAUCCUCGCAUCGGAGAGCGACUGGACAUCAAACAGUGGACGAACUGCCGCUUCGGGAUGAUGAUGUGGCAGCUGCUGGUGUUGGUCGGCUGGAAGGCUCAAAUCGAGGCGACCGGCUGGAACUGGUGUGUGGCAUCCACGGCUCUGCUGCAGACGGUGUACAUCGCGAAGUUUUUCUGGUGGGAAGAUGGUUACAUGCAGACCAUCGACAUCACGGUGGACAGAGCAGGUUUCUACCUUUGCUGGGGAUGCGUCGGCUUUAUGAGUAUUAUGUUCCCGUUAACCAGUUUCUACAUGGUCGAGAACACUCCUGACGACAAACCGGUCGUGGCUGCUGUGACAUUCAUCGCGGGGGUUACAAUGAUAGGGCUGAACUACUGGACAGACUACCAGAAACAACUGGUACGAUCCACGCAGGGGAAAUGCACAGUUUGGGGGUCACCGCCGAGGCUAAUACGGGCGAUCUAUUACGACGCAAGAGGAAGUCCGAAGAACAGCCUUCUCCUGGCCUCGGGUUUCUGGUCACUCAGCCGGCACGCCAACUACAUGUUUGAGCUCCUUGUUGGGCUAUGCUGGGCACUGCCGUCUGGAGCUUCAAGCUUAGUGCCCUACUUGUACGUUUUAUUCCUUGUGGUUUUGCUGUUGCACAGAAGCUACAGAGACGAGAAAAAGUGCUCCGAAAAAUAUGGACGGUAUUGGAAGGAGUAUUGUCGUCUAGUGAAGUAUCGAAUUGUGCCUUGUGUCUUCUAGGCUAAUUAUACAAAGAAAUGUAGUCAUAGCACGAUAUCAAUUGCAGUGUUGCAAUGUGGCGUGUUUGUUUGUUUGUUUGCUUGGUUGGUUGUGGUGCGCCCAAGGUGAAGCAAUGGGGCCAAGUAUCGAGUUGUGCUACCAAUUCACCAUUUAUAAUCUCAGGGAUAGUUGGUCAUAGUUUAACUGUGAUACGCGCUCACCAUAGACCUCACGUUUAAAGGCUGGUCGGUAUCCUCUGUACACGCGUGUCACCUAGGUUAGUCAUGCGGGGAAUACAUGGUGCCACUGCACUUAACAUUGAGAAACCCUAUACUGCCAUGUGGCCCGUCUGUUAGCUGGAGAUCGAUUUACUUUCCCGCUUUGAUGCCGUCCCUCCAAACCUAGCAGCGUGAAAACAAACUGAUUUGAAUAAUAGCGAAGGAAAAAAUCCCGCAGUUAUACUUUUUCGUCAGCGUCAGAUGAGAUUAAAAGACGGCUGAUUUCCUGCUUUUAUUCAUGCUUUAUUCAUCUGUUUCCUGCUGUAGCGAUGGAGCAAGUAACAUGGGCGAAUUACGAUCGGCGUGGGCAGCCUGUUCAUUGCCCUGUUGUUAUAUGCAGUCACGAUAACUGACGGGAGCAGACCAGUAAACUCCGCGCAUGCGCAGUUCGCGGCUUCCGGUAUCCCUAUGGGUGAUGGUUACAGUAACACGGUAACAUUAUGCUAAAGCACUCUAUUAGCCCCAGUCGUGUCCCAAACUGCAUUCUCAGGCAGUGCAUAUUCUCUGGAGUAAAUAUUUGCAACAACAUGAGGCAUGUGUGUGUCUGCUGCCGCGAAAAUCCGGAGCCCACUCGGCACAUCCUAAUGGAAUGGGAAGGUAUUCGCGUUCCGUAGGUAACCUGCAGUUUCCAUAAGGGCUUGGAUUUAAAGUGGAUGGAAGCAUCAACCGGUCAGCAUUCGAGAUAAGCCAGAGUAGUUUAAAGCAUUAGUGGAAAAAAGUGAGAAGCAGCGCAGAGAUUGGUAGGACCGGAUUCGUUGCAGACAUAGGUAGUGGUACAAGGUAGACAUAUAUGCUUUAAAGAAGAGACAAAAAUAUAGGAGAUGUAUACAAAAUGCUAGAUUGAAAAAUAUGCAUAGCAUACCUGAAUUACUCAAGUGUAGGCUAGGUCACUAUUUGUCACCGAACCAUUUCAAUGUGCAUACCAAUAAGUCAUCAUCAUCAGUGCUUACAGGGCGGACAAGCUCUGCUCGGCUACACACGCUUCUUGUUCCUCGACCGACAGGUACGUUACCGUCGAGUCCCUCGCGCUGGCUUUUCAUCUGCGCCCCCAAUUUCCAAAGUACACGCAGUUUGUUCACGCAUCAGUCGACUCCAGUGUACCCAAACCAAUUUCCCUUUCUCGGAACACCUGAUGCUUUCCCGUCUCUGAUGUCGCAUGGCACAGAUAGUCAGUUUCACAGCGUGAGCACCGGAGCAGGCGCGUAUGAAGAGACUGCAGUCCAUCAUUACUACUGUGUCUCUCCUGGGUUGCCAUGGGUUGCCCGGCAGUGGAGGCAAGGAUGGUGGGAAGCUGCGUCACAGUCAAUACAAUAGUUUCCAACAAAGCUUUUCAGCGGAAGCGCCAAGCAUGAUAGUAGAUAGCGCGACAAAAUGACACACAAAAACGAAGGAACAAACACAAAUCUCUACACACAAGCGCUUUGUUGUGUGUCCCUUAUUCGUUAUUGUGUGCCAUUUCGUCGCGACACUUAGCAUUUAGCUUAGUGUACACCAACUAUAGCCCAAGUUUUUAUCGUAUUAAGAGGAAACUUGGAUGCUAGUGCCUAGGGGAGCCGCAUGCAGUGUGGUUUCAGCCAGCAUGUCAAUUAUGAUUAUUACAUAGAUUUGUCUAGACUUCGUCCUUCUGGUUUUUUAAUGGCAUUAGUGCCUUUUGAAAUGGUCGUUUCCAACAUAUCGCCUUAUAAAUGCAAUAAUUAGCAACGACUAUACAUGUCAGCAUGAACAUUGACUUCACGUGCUUAUAAAAUGAGUACUUGACACUUUAUAAAGAUAAAGGGCAAUAAAUAAUGGUGCAAGAAAGCACGAAGCUAUAAUGAGGAAUAUCGGACCAAUUCAUGUGCUAGCCACCCUUCCCAUGGAAGAUCGCAUGCGCCAGAGUUUGCUAUAAUAGCGCGAAGGAGUUGCACGCCCGAAAUCCGCUCUCAUUUGACGAGGCAACUUACCCUUCUACCAUUUCAAGCAAUGAUUUCAGUUGUUCUGUUGCAGGACUCAAAGCCAACGCGCAAUAUUUAGUGCAUGAAGAUCAAGGGCAGCAUACCCUGAUACACUUCAUACAUACACUUCAGUAAUCGCAUUUUCGACUUCCGGCAGACUAUGGGCAAGAGUCGGCCAAGGAAAUUGUAAAAAUGUGACAAGCAGCUGCGCAGUGCGUAUACAAUUAAAAAAAGAGAUUAAAAAGUUGCAGUGGCUUAGCUCGGCUAUGCCAGGAUAUACGUAGCGUUAGCAAAGGUUCAGCUGAUUAUUCUU